AUGAAGUUUCAUCUCCACGUGGUGGACGGCAACGCCCUCGCCAGUAGCGGCGCGGAGCCGAACUCGUCUCCACCAACCGCGACGCAGGCGACAGCGGUGAUGCUCUUUGCUCACAUGACGUUGCGGUGCGGCCACCUGAGUGAUGUGUUGGUCGUGAGCGCCAGCACAACACCCGCUCUCGCCCGGGCAGCGGCGCUUCAGCCGCAGCAAAACGAGCUCCGCUCUGGCGCCGCACAGCUGAGUAACGCCGAUGCCUCGGUGAGUGAGGACACGCAUGUGCUGCAAAUGGCUGGCAAGGUGCUGAGCGGGGCCCUCGAUAGGGGCGCUGCCGUCGACCUUCCUUAUAUGGACAACGACGGCGGCGAUGCUCGCAUCGCCCCUUACGCGUACUUCAACUCCUCCUUCUCCGAGGCAGAGCUGUCUCUGCGCCGCGCCGUGUGCGUCUUGGCGGAAAGCGGUACCGCGGCGCUGCCGCCAUACUUCGACCUCAUUGCCACAACGGACUUAGUCACGUUUGACUACAUUGUCGAGUACUAUCAGCAGCAGCGCGUGCGCCACGGCGGUGCGGUAACGAAGGGCCGAGGCACAAAGCCGGUCGGUGUGAUGCACAUUGUCGCCGACGAUCCGUCGCGAGCAGCGCUGGUGCUGCAGCGGGUGGUGGAGCUGAUGCUAAAGCGCAGUGGCUGGACCUUUUCCGUGGAUGCGCACACAGCGGAGGAGGAGGAGAAAGCGCUUGCUGCUCAGACAGACGAGGACGAGGAUGAAGAUGGCGAUGACGAGAAUGGCGGCAGCGGCGGUGGCAGUACGGCCGGCGGUCGCGGCGGUGUCGUUAGUGCUGGCACUGGCGGUGGCAGUGUGCAAGCCGGAGCCCGCAGUGGCAGUGCGGACAGCUGGGUGAAUCACAUUGAUGAGGCAGUGCACCUCUUUGCGCAGUUGUUCGGCGUGGAUGUUUUGGUGACUCUUGUGUAG